GAGCGCCUGGCUUGCGUCUUCCGUACGCAGCUCGAGGACUCCUUGCUGAGAGAACGUUCCUCCUUACAAUUCCUCUUGGACGGCUAUUUGGGUGCUGCAGCGGCCUCCAAGCUUCGCGAAGCAGGACUCGACGAAAGUGUAUCACUUCUAGACGAAGUCAUCCAACGCUUUCGCCAAGACUCCAGCGAUUCCGAAGACGACGGCGGCGAGCUACAGGCUAAACAACCUCACGCCGGCGUGCCCUCUUCCCACACUUGGUGGACGCGUUAAUUUUACCAGUUAGUUCCAACGAUUUCAAGAUGGGCUUGGGAAAUGUUAUUAAUAGCAUACCAGUGUUUGGUCAUAUUAAAGCUGGUGUCCACGUGUUAACUGGGGAUACGCGUGAAGCAGCUGAGGCUUUUCAUGCUGCUAAUAGAUCAACAGCGGUUGUAGCUGGAGGUGCCGCCGGAGCUAUAGUUGGUGGCCCAGCGGGAAUGAUCGGUGGGGCUAUAGCUGCAGGCACAGCUUGUGACGGUGUAUCUUCCGUUGCCAAUCAUCGCGCCGAAGGGGUUUUUGAAGGAUUAAGGGAUAUCGGUAGAGAUAUUUCUGAUGGUAAAGUACCAGUAAAGUCAGUGUUGAAGACUGGAUUAUAUGUCGGUGCAGAUGCACUUAGCGGUGCUACUGGUGGAAGUGUUGCCGCAAACAUACCUAAGGCGGUGGGUAAAUCUCUCUUAAAGGAUGCAGUAACUGUUGUUGCUAAAAGUACUACCCAAGCAAUGGUGGCUUCUACUGCUGGGGGCAGAGCAACGCGAGAAAUCGCAAAUACAUUACACUCAAGUGGCUCCUCUGGAGGCUCCUCUAGCUAUACCUACAAUAAUACGACUACUUCAGGAAAUAGUUCAUCAAAUUCAAAUUCUAACUCUGGCAACAAAAGUCAGAGCAAUAAAACUAAUUCCAACUCGUCUAGUAGUGGAGGUGGUGGGCAACCCCCUCAAAAUAAUAAAAACAACCCUAAUAAGACAGAACAUGAAAAAGAUCAGACGAGUGCUGAUUCCCAUUUACAAGUUUUUUAUCGAUUAUUUGGCAAUAACAUAACCAGUUUGGAAGACAUACAAAUUGCCGGAGUUGACAUAUUCAGUGAGAUUAGUGGAGACAGAGCCCGGAAAAAUACUUUGAAAAAACUCAUCGCAGCCUUACGAGACAAUAAUAUACUGGAAAGGGUGAUUGAAACUGUUCAAAAUAUAUUCAAAAAUUUUGAUCGAUCGGAGGUGACUUUCCAGAACUUUAUGUAUUUGACUGAGAUGGUGUCCACGUAUAUUACGGAGCGGCUGGCUCGCCGUCAGGAGAUGCAGAUCAGCAAAGAACCUCGACCACGGUUGAAUUUCCACCUCCGUCGCGCUGAAAAUUUACGAAUCGUUCUACAAGAGAUUUUGGAGCCAGGUAGUGCUCGCAAUAUACUCAACAUAUUUGGGAGUCUCCGCACACAUAUUGAACAGGCAUGGCGCAACAUCACACCCACUUUUGCAAACAUUAUUGCAGCUGUGACCCAUUACUUCAAGCACAAGUUCGUGCCAGCGAGUGUCCGUGUGUUGAGCAUUAGUGAAUACUUCGCUCUUAUCAAUAGCAUAUUGCCGAGAGUCCUGAGAUCCAGUCAAUAUGGUGAGAUGGUGUCCGGAACAAGACGUCGUCUGUUAUAUGAUGUGUACCGUUCAGAAUACGGGAGGAGAGUCAGGAUAGUGUUGCAAGUUCAGGGCGGGGUUAUAGUAUUAUCAUCUUGCCACAUUUUGGAUGUCAUCGUGAAUUUUGACGACAAAGAUGGAAAUGAACAAUUUGAUCCGGAUUACUAAUAACCGUUUACUUACAACAAUUCUCAUCAAGGAAUUGCAAUUGCACAUUAGAAAUAAGGCGAAUAAAGGCAAGUUUUAAUGAUUCUUCCUACGUUAUUGUCUACUUUUCUAUGCAUUGUCCACGACUUAAAUAUGCAACUGGUCGUUGUGAUAAGGCUUAUAUAUCGAUCAUAUUGUAAUAAUAUUGUGGUUUAUGACUAAAAAUAGUUUUAUCUUUGUCCUAAACCUAAGUUUACUGAUAUAAUUAUCUUACUUUUAACGAAAUAGGUGCUAAUGUUAACAGUGGUUAAUGCACAAACCUUAAACACUUUUCACAAUAUUCUAGUUCGAGCAAUGUAGGUAGUAGAGCAGUGCAGUGCAGCUGCAAACUUAGUCAUGUCAAAUACCAUUUGACUGAAGGCGCUGCUACACGGUGACAAACUAUGAUGCUAACCUAAAUACUUUGCUGUGACAUUUGAUAGCGACUAACACUGCUAUUAUAUAACAAGACCGCAACUUUAGUACUCGCGUCUGGAACACUCACAUCAUACACAAAUUUUUGUAACCCUUAUUUUUUACUGAAUCUUUAAUUACUGUAGACCUAAAUGGUCUAAUUACUUUAAUUUCUAUUUUUUUAAAUUUAUCAGGCAUAGACGAGCGCAUGCUUAAUGUGCUUACAUAAUAUCUCUUCGUACACAGAGUACGUGGUGCGGAAACUAGUAAAAUUACCUGUGUUAGCAAACUGGUUUGUCACUGAGUAACAGGCAUUCAAUACAAAUCUGAGGUUGCUACUCUCUGUAUGUCUGGCUGGAAAGGCCUUUAUAGCGACGUGUCAUAAGAUAGUAGUAUGUCUAUUUGACGCUAGAUGGAGCUAAUUAUGAUCGUCACCCGGCAAUAUAUGUCCUACCUCCUCCACGCGGCCGUAACGCUAUUUCGUGACAGCAAAAUCGUAAUAAUUUAGAUAGUAAGUCGCCCCGUCUAAAUAGAAGUUUCACCUCAAAAAGGUACCUUAUUUAAGUACGGUUAAGAAUAGUCUCCAAACAUCAUAGGUAGAUAGUGAUGUCGAUUCUGGCAUGAUUCUCUAAACCUAAACUUAAAUUUGACAACAGUGCAUCCUUGUCAUUCACUAUGCAGAAUGACAAGGAGAAGCUGAUGUUAAAUUUAGUUUUAAGUUUAGAGAAUCACGCCAUAAUCGAUACCAGUAUAAUAAAUAAAACCAUUCAAUUUUACUCUUGCUUAUAGACUUACUUUUGUGUUUUCUGUUAUUGCAUGUUCGUGUCAAUGUUAUUUUUAGUAUUAAAAAUGUUGAGUUUCUUGCCGGUUCUUCUCAACAAAUUUAUUUUCCGAACCGGUGGUAGAGUCACGUAUAAUAACUAGAGGAUAGUAAGUAGGUACUUGAGUUUAAGUUAUCAUCAUCAUCUCGGUCGUGCGACGCCCACAACUGGGCCUGGGCUCCACGCAGACGGUUUACUUCAUUGAGAACGACACGUUAUAAAUCAAAGUGUCCCAAGCUUAGGUUGGUUCCGGACCUUAUUUUGUCACGAUUCUCUAAAUCUUAAUAAUAAUAAUAACUUAGAUUUAUGAUUCAUCAUUCAUCCAUCUACGAGAGUCAUUAAUCUGUUUCUGAAACUAAAUUUGAUAACAGCCUAUACUAUCAUGUUUUAUAGACGAUCAGAGGGAAAACUGCUUUUCAAUAAGAGAUUCUCACCAGAAGUAGUGUAGUGGCGUCGAUUCUGGCAAGAUUCUCUAAACCUAAACAACAGUGUAUCCCUGUUAUUCUCUAUACAGAUUGAGAAGGAGAGACUGAUGUUAAAUGUAGUUUUUAAGUUUAGAGAAUCGUGUCAGAAUCGACACCAGUACCUACUUUAAAGAUAUAUUGUUCUUUCUUGCUCUUUUGUUAUUAAUAUUCUUGUUUACAAUAUCAAUAAAGCUUUAUGAACACA